AUGCGGCGACGUCGGCUAGCGAUGAGUCUGACGGUGGCUGCGGUACUGCUGGGUGCCGCCGCGCUGCUGAGGCGCCGUGGAAGGAGCGGGGCAGGCGCUGGUAGCUCUGCUGAGGGCGCGGCGCUAGAGCGAGCGUGUGGCACGCUGCUGGCCGGGCAGGCUCCCAAGCUGCAGGAUGGGGGGCUGCGACCUGCGGCCAGGGACUCCUCCUGCAGCAAGUACGUGUCCCACAGCCACUACAUCACCCGGGUGCUGUCAGCCGAGGAGGCGGCCUUCCCCCUGGCUUACAUCAUCACCCUGCACAAGGAGUUUGAGACCUUCGAGCGGCUCUUCAGGGCAGUCUACAUGCCCCAAAACAUCUACUGCAUCCACGUGGAUGGCAAGGCGCCGGCCGCCUUGCAGCAAGCGGUGCGGCGCCUGGUGGGCUGCUUCCCCAACGCCUUCCUCGCCUCCCGCACGGAGCGGGUGGUCUACGGCGGUGUGUCCCGCCUGCGGGCCGACCUGCACUGCAUGAGGGACCUGCUGGCCUCGGCCGUGCCCUGGCGCUACCUGCUCAACGCCUGCGGGCAGGACUUCCCCUUGAAGACCAACUGGGAGAUCAUCCAGCAUCUGAAAGCCUACAGGGGGAAGAACAUCACUCCCGGAGUGCUGCCACCAGCACACAUCACUGCACGCACCCGCUUCAUGUACCUGGAGCAGGGUGGGAGCAACGUCUCAGGGCUGGUCACCCCCCCGGUGCACAAGGCUCCUCCACCACACAACCUGACUCUCUACUUUGGUUCUGCGUACAUUGCGGUCACCCGGCCCUUUGUAGAGUUUGUGCUGCAGGACCCGCGUGCCAUUGACUUGCUGGCGUGGUCUGAGGACACCUACAGCCCCGAUGAGCACUUCUGGGUGACGCUCAACAGAAUCCCAGGUGUCCCUGGGUCUAUGCCUAAUGCAUUGUGGGAAGGUGACCUGAAAGCAGUGAAGUGGAUUGAUAUGGAAGACGUCCAUGGAGGUUGUCACGGCCAUUAUGUCAGAGGCAUUUGUGUAUAUGGAACAGGUGACCUCAAGUGGCUUUUAAACUCCACCUGUAUGUUUGCAAAUAAGUUUGAGCUCAGAACAUACCCGCUGACUGUGGAGUGCCUGGAGCUGAGACAUCGAAAGAGAACCUUGGCACAGAGUGAAGUUCAGGUGGAACCAAACUGGUAUUUCUAGCUAGUGAAAACCCAGGAUGCAUCAACAAAAGUGGUCGGAAUUGCACCAGAAAUCUAAUUUCUGUUUUGCUGGAAGAACACAUUCAUCCAACAGGUUUCUUUAGGAUGUGCAAUAGUUGCAGCUCAGGUCAGCUUGUCUCACUUUGUCUGCAAAUCUAUCUUUUCACUUCACAUUUGGAGACCAAAAUGUGGAAGAUUCCAAAAAGAAGCAAGUGGGCACAGCUCUUUUUACAGCUGCCCUGUUUGUACUUUUGCAGUUUUUAUGGCUUGUUGCCCAUCCCUAACUUUUUUUCUUGCUACACUGACAUUGCUGCCUGUUUCUAUAAAAAUGUAUAUAGAAUCAGGCAUCCUUGGGACUUCGCAUUACCUUGAAGACAAGUAGUGUGCAUUGGUAAGCAGAAAGAUAACAAGUCACAGUGAACAAGACCUUAAAAAGUGGAACACAAUUGGUGGCCAUGCGUGCAGCUGCCGUUUGGUCAAAGAUACAGAAACUUAGCUCACCAGGGAAGUACUGGUGAAUGGGAGAAAGGUGCUGAACUGCUGUUCUAAAGUCUGUUCUUUAAACAUCUGUUGGUUCAAGGUUUGUAGGAGUAUAGCACCUUUUGCUAUGCAAAUGGCUGUAGAUAGAAAGAUCUGAUAGGCUUUCAGGCACAAGAGCUCUUUAUGAAAAGUGAAGUCUUACUUAUUUGUUUCACUUGGCCAACUAAUAGAGCUGGAAACCGACUGACACACAAAUUUUGGCCUGCCAGUGUCCUCAGAUCAUCAUAUGUAAGGACACAAAGGGAGGGGGAGAGCAGUGAAAAGGGAUGCCACGACUGAAAGAUGAGUAGUUGAGCUUUGGCAGUAAGUCUGUAACUUUGUGUCAUGUUUUGACAGGGACUGAGCCUCCUUCCCAAGCUUUUGAGUGGUUAAUAGGUGUAGGUAACGUUGAGCUUCACAGCCCUAUUUUUGUUUCCCGAUUGCAGCCACCAGAGGGAGGCAAAUAGCUGAGCUGAUACUCAUUCCUAAGCCUACCUAGCCUUUCAGCAUGCAAUCUCCGAAGCAGAAUUGAACGGUUCUUCCUGCAGUGAUGACAGGCUGUAUUCCUGGGGUUAUUUUAGCACGUUGGAUGACCCAGCUAGCAGCACGGUGGAGCACCUUGGCUCAAGCAGUGGGUCCUGAACAGCAUCUCCUCCCAGCUCCGUUAAACCACCGCUAACUUCCGUGUCCUUUCCUUUUCCUGACUCGCCGCCAUUUACAGCGUCGCUUCUU